GCUCCAUCUUGCAGUUGGCCAGAGAGAGCCAGAGAGGUUGGGUGGGGAAGGGUGGAGUGAAAACAGGGAGGGUUAUGGCAUGGCGUCUGCAAUUGCUGUUCGCUCUCUGUGUUCAACGAGAUAGCUCUCAUCUCAUGCAUCUUUCUCGUGAUUACAUGAGCUCGCUGGUGGUCUUUUCACCCGUCAUCGCCCCCAUUCAUCAUCUCGGGAGCCCCCCAUUCAUCAUCUCGGCAUUCUCCAGGGAUACUAAUCUCUCCCCCUCCCUCCUCUCGUUCGAUCGUUUGCCGCACCUAUCUUGUUGUGAUCGCUUGAUUGAUACAACCUUGUUUGACUCGUUCAUUUGCAUGCACUGAAUGUCAUUCAUGUCGUUUGGUUUGCUGUGUUUUGUCAGUCCGAUGCUCUUUCGAUACGUUCCGAUUUCUGAGCGCUGGAAUUCACCAAUGCGAAGGGAAGCAGGCGUCAAAGUCUGAAGUCGAAGUCAAGAGACCACUCACUCAUAGUAGGUAGCGCCGGGACGAGGUCCUCGACUGCUGCGCGCGUCUGGGCGUGCUUGUGAAGUGCAGAUUUCGAGUGUAGCAGGUUCAUUGCAUUUGCGUGGUGGUGUGUAAGCCAUUCAUUCAACGCGUGUAGGCCCUUCCUCUGACAUGCUGCUGCGCGCAGGACAGCUAGCGAAAUGAAUCACGGAAAAGGAGGGGAAAAAAAGCCUAUGAUGACGUUAUGAUGAGUGGCAGAUGGAGCCGCGCGGCGCUAGAGCUUCCGCAUUUUAUCCCAUACACCGACAGGAAGGAGUCGUACUCUUUCUCUUCUGCUUGGCAGUGUGCGAGAAACAGUCCCUCGCAUCACGAAUCAAUCAGUAGGCGGGAGCUGUGUUAAGUUAUACAGCAGUAAAUUUUGGUUGGGGACGGUGAUUUUGCGUGAGUGUAAAAUCAGGGAAACGGCAUUAUCAACCGGAGGGGAGGGAUAAUGAGCGAGUGGGAGAGAAGUUGGUCACUCGUGUAUGCGGAGAGGUGUGCCUUAUCGAAGGAGGUAGUAGCUAUUACCACCAACGGUGAAGGAGUGUGCUCAGGUAUCAAAUGAGACGAGAGACGAGACGAGACGAGGCAAGCGCUUCUGAAGGGAGAGGAGGAUGGGAGAGGAAGGUGCAAUAGUGAGCUGUUGAGCAGUCAAACUUGACAGAAUUCCAACUGCUGAGGGAGUUCCUAGCUGGUUAUGUACGGAUUCGACUUGAGUCGGCAACGGAUGGUGAAUUGAGGCGGUUGUGAGCUUUUCAUCCAGGCCAAGGCGGCACACACAUAUCCUGCGCGCCCCUCUUUCCCCCCCCCCCCCCUCCCCCCCCCUCUCUCUCUCUCACAUGUGCGCGCACAGACAGACAGCAGUCCACCCACGUACACAAUGCCAUCGGAUGUACAAAUAGGGGAGGGUGGAUGGGAAAGAAAGUAUGCGGAGAGGCUAAUGUGCCGCUGAAGCGGAACAGCGAUUCUGAGUUAUUUUGGGCACCGCCGAUUUAAGGCUCAUGUAGCAGUCUUCCUAUCGCCAAUCCCAUCUAGCUAGACACACACACAGAGCGAGAGCGAGCGAGAGAGAGGGAGCGAGCUUGAGAGAGAGAGAGAGAGAGAGAGAGAGAGAGAGAGAGAGAGAGAGAGAGAGAGAGAGAGAGACGUGGAUGCUUGAAAUUGGAGGUGCGAGUGAAGUAGAGAGGCUGAGGAAACUUGUAAAGCUCCUCACAUGUCUCGAGGUCUAGUGAGCUGGAGCAAUACUGCCGCACAAGCUAGCAGCGGGGGAAGCUACAUAAGGUAUAACUACAUAAGCCACUAUGGUGCGUAUGAUGGGAGGCGGGGGAGUGUGCCCCUGCGCUGCGCCAUGGGUGCAACGGAGUUGUCCCCUCUCUUCCCCUCUCUUCCCAUUUACCGAAGAUGGGACAUGGAGAUCACUAACUGCGAACGAAGUGCGGAUGAGGAGGGUAAGGAUAGCCACGGCAACAACAGCAAUAGCAGCAGAGGCCGUGUUCUCUCCCAGGUGACGGCAGAUCCUCCCAACCUUAUAAACGAUGUGCUCACCGAUGAUGCUUUGACUGCUGUGCUCCAGUGUCUGAGGGACCCAGCCGACUGGAAUUCGUUCAGCUUGGUGUGCAGAAGGUGGUUUAAUGUAGAAAGCAACACAAGACAAAAGAUUACGAUCUUUGCGGUUGAAUUCACUGAGCGCUUGCUGUCUCGCUUCCCGAGGUUAACUGAUCUGGAUCUGUCGAAAUGUCGGAUGAUCGACAAGACGUUGAUUUCCCUUUCCAAGGGUCUGCGGCACAUCCAACGGCUGGAUUUGUCGGAGGCAAUGAUCACUGACAUCAGCCUCAUCGCCCUGGCAGGCAGUUGUCGCCACUUGGUGAGUUUGAUAUUGAGUAGGUGUACAUUAAUUACAGACGAUGGGGUCACCAUUCUUGUGAGGAGCCUCGGUCAGAAACUGCAAAGCCUGAACCUUUCAGGCUGCAAGCGAAUAACGGAUGCGGCCGUCGGUAAGGUCACCGGCCAUUGCCGGCAAUCUCUACGGGAGUUGCAUUUGGGACACUGCAAUGAGAUCACUGAUGCGGGCCUCGCGAGUUUCGUUGCGGGAAAGCCAUUCACAGCUUUGCAGACCCUGGGACUCGAUUUCACUUCGCAUAUUACGGAUGCCGGGAUUGCUGAGGUGGCCAAGGGUUGUCCGUCUCUUACACGCCUUGAUAUCAGUGGCACAUCGAUUACCGAUAGCGGGCUGGAGAUGAUAGCUGGCAAGCUCAGCAAACUGGAGCAUCUGAUAAUUACGCAAUCGGGACGCGUGACGGACGAAGGAGUAGUUGCGGUGGCACGGAAGGGCAGGCUGAAAACUUUGGUGGUUGGCAUGCUGCCCCCGGGGCCUCCAAGAGUGGCGAUGAACGAUGCCUGUAUGUCCGGUCUGGCGCUCUGUGGGUCUUUGGAGUCGUUGGAGCUGGACUCGUGUGCGGACAUGACGGACGAGGGAUUAGCCACGGUGGCAAGAGGUUGUGGCAAGCUCAAACAUCUGACGCUGAGGAGUUGCGAUAACGUGGGAGCAGCAGGGCUGUCGGUCGUCGGGGAUUGUUGUUCCGGUCUCGAGAAACUGAAGUUGUAUGGCUGCAGCAGGGUGAAUGAUGAAGCGCUGGGAUGUAUCGCGAGAUGCAAGUCGUUGCGCAGCCUGGAGAUCGAUAGCACGGAAGACUCGGCGACCGACGCGGGCUUGUUCGCCAUCGCUACCGGUUGUCCUCGGCUCGUCAGGGUUCAAGUAGGUUACAACAACAAGUUUGGAGAUGAUGGGAUCUCCGCCUUUCUGAGCCAGUGCAAAUUCUUGGAAGAGUUGCACUGUGCAGGUAGCCGGAGGAUCACGGAAGCAGCCUUUGAGUCGGUUUCGUGCUCGGCGUCGCUGAGACGACUAGUGCUGAAACGCAUCAAUUUGGCGGACGACGGUUUGAUGAUGAUAGCAUCCAAGUGUUCGGGGACGCUUAUUCAUCUUGAUGUCACUGAUUGCCCAAUGGUUUCAGAUGUGGGCUGUAGAUGGAUAAGCAACUGCUCGCGGCUUGAGAGCUUGGUGAUGGACAGGUGCAGGAGGGUCACGGACACUGGGAUGGCGGCCAUCGCAAGUGGUUGCAGGGCCUUGCGAACGCUGAGUGCGGAGGGCUGUGACGGCAUCAGCAAUGUGGGCAUCAAAAUAAUCACGGAAGGAUGCAGAUGCCUCAGAGAAGUGAAGGUGAAAAGAAUGUAGUCGGAUGCCGCUGCAUGCAAACAUCUGUGCAAUGCACUUUCUGUUUAUUUCCCGUCUUUCGUUUCCCACUUGUUCUCAGGAGUACCAGCUUUCUUUCAGGCUCCGAGAACGAUUGCAGAGGUGCCCGUGUAAAGUGAUCCUCUCUGUUUACGUGCUAUGGCACUGGCUGGCAUGGCUGUUGUUGUUGUUGUUGUUGUUGUUGUUGUUGUUGUUGUUGUUUUUUUUUUCUGGGGUACAGAACACACCAGCAACGUAACGUACCCACGCAAGGUGAAUCAAGUUCCCGCAGUUACAUGAAAAGGGGAGUGAAACUUGGCAGCCUGUAUUUUGGAGUUUCAUCUUGUUCCUUCGCUGUCUGUUGUGUCUUUCUUCGGCCCAGGUGUCUGCUGCCCCUUUUUUCAUUAGGACGGGGAUAUCAGCACGAGCAGGGAAGGGGGUCCAUUCUUUUUCAUUGCUUUGAGUAAUGGAUGCACCUGAUUCCCUUUGUGGAUCUGCCCCUCAGUAGGAGAGGCAAGAUGAAGUUUGUUUUCUUUUUAUGGUGGAGAGAGAGAGAGAGAGAGAGAGAGAGAGAGAGAGAGAGAGAGAGAGAGAGAGAGAGAGAGAACUGCCACUUUUGGUUCUGUUCCUGUGGUUAGGUGGCCAUUCAUGAGAGAGAGAGAGAGAGAGAGAGAGAGAGAGAGAGAGAGAGAGAGAGUUGCCACUUUUGGUUCUGUUCCUGUGGUUAGGUGCCAUUAAUUCCUGGCGAGCACGUCGUUGUUUCUUCAGCUACGGUUGUUAGAUUUGUUCGAGGAAUAAUCACCGGCAAGAAUGGGCAUGAUCGAGAUGGUGGGUUAGGUCGUAGAUUUGCGCAACGAUGUGCAUAAAGCUGCUCUGUGGAACAGGGCAUUGAUUUAUGUAAGGGUUGAGUCAUCACCAGAAUUGUGAUGCCGUCACAGUUUGCUGGCACCGAAGUCGUCGGGGCAACAUCGUGAAGAAUGGGCAAUGUCGCACCUUGCAGGAAACUUGGCAAUAGUCACUGGGGAAUGCCUUUCUUGCGGCAAAGAUAGUCGAGGGCAUGUCUGAUCGUUAGAUUGGCGGAGUGGCAAUGGUCACUGGGGAAUGCCUUUCUUGCGGCAAAGAUAGUUGAGGGCAUGUCUGAUCGGCGCAGUAGGUAGGUAGAUGAACUGAAGUUCAUCGACGUAAAAGUGUGACGGGGGAUACGUGACGUGAGGGUGUGGCGGAGUAUCACCGUUUCCUAGGGAUAUGGUAUAUACUACUAUACUGCUGUCGAUUCAUCAACACAAAGAGGGGUUGUUAAAGGGGUUGAGAAAGAAACGCAAAGAGGGGUUGUUAAAGGGGUUGAUAAAUAAACGCAGUGAGAAGGUCAGACUCUUCUCAGAAGUCCGGUGUUCUGCUCUCGUGUCCAGGAAAGCGUUCUAACUCCCAAGUGCCUAUCUCUAGAAUGAUACGUUUGUCUUCUUGCCUCCCUCCCCCCCUCUUCUGGUGGCUCUCUGAGCUUCAACGAAACGGGUUUAGUGGAGGGGGGGUGCCCUCGCAGGUAUAGCAGUACACAUCCUGGGCUGCAGCGGUGAGCUGCUAGGCAUGGGCUUACCGUAGCCGCGACUUCCUUGAUGUCCUACGGUUGCGUCCCUGGACGGAUGGAGAACUUGUAGAUAAAGUUUGCUGUGCCUU